AUGGCGAGGACAGGACCUCCCUGGACGUGGAUGGUCGGCGCCCUGCUCACCGCCCUCCUCCUGCGGGUGACAGAGCCUGUUCUUGCAAAUGAUGGUGCCUCCUGCAGCAACGCCCCUGCCUCCGGGGCAUCUGGGGGCACCCGGGACCUGGCAGCUGGGACCAGGGAGGGCAGCCGGGACCUGGCAGCCGGGACCAGGGAGGGCAGCCGGGAAAACAGCGACCGCAUCGUCAACGGGACGGACUGCGACGAGCACGCCCAGCCCUGGCAGGCCGCGCUGCUGCUGAGACCCAACCAGCUGUACUGCGGGGCGGUGCUGGUGGCCCCGCAGUGGCUGCUGACGGCCGCCCACUGCCACAAGAAGAUUUUCCGAAUCCGCCUGGGCCACCGCUCCAUGUCGCCGGUGUAUGAGCAAGGGCAGCAGCUGUUCCGAGGGGUCAAGGCCAUCCCCCACCCCGGCUUCUCCCGCCCCGGCCACACCAACGACCUGAUGCUCAUCAAGCUGAACCGGAAAAUCAUGGAGUCGCCCAACGUCAAGCCCAUCAACAUCUCCUCCCACUGCCCGGCCGUGGGCACCAGCUGCUUGGUGUCUGGCUGGGGGACAACCAGCAGCCCCCAAGUGAACUUCCCCAAGACCCUCCAGUGCCUGAACAUCACCGUGCUGAACCACGAGAGGUGCAAGCAGGCCUACCCGAACCAGAUCGACAACACCAUGUUCUGCGCCGGCGACGAGGCGGGCAGAGACUCCUGCCAGGGUGACUCCGGGGGCCCCGUGGUCUGCAACGGCACCCUGCAGGGCCUGGUGUCCUGGGGCGACUUCCCCUGCGCGCAGCCUGACAAGCCCGGCGUCUACACCAACCUCUGCAUGUUCACCAAGUGGAUCCGGGACACCAUCCAUGCCAACUCCUGA